GAGGAAGGCAAACCGCGUUCAUCCUGCUUCCUCUCUCUGUCACGCGGAAAAUUUUUACUGUGAUCGAUGCUGCAUACUCCAUAACCAUUUUCUUACAACUACCCCCAUCUCUACAUUUUCUUCACUCCCCCUUUGAGUUUUGAAAAUUUUGAAAUGGAGGUGUUCUAUUACAUGGUGUUUGGGGGUUUAGGAUUGAUUGUGGCAGCUUUGGAGUUGAGUAAGAACAACAAAGAUCGAAUUAGCACUUCUCAGUCAUUUACUUCCUUCAAGAACAAUUAUCUUCUUGUCUACUCUCUCAUGAUGGCUGGAGACUGGUUGCAGGGUCCUUAUGUGUAUUACCUUUACACAACAUACGGGUAUGGGAAAGGAGAUAUCGGGCAGCUAUUUAUUGCUGGAUUUGGAUCUUCCAUGCUGUUUGGCACAAUCGUCGGCUCUCUAGCUGAUAAACAGGGUAGAAAGAGGGCAUGUGUGACAUACUGCAUUACUUACAUACUGAGCUGCAUGACCAAGCAUUCUCCUCAAUACAAGGUUUUGCUGUUGGGUCGUAUCUUGGGUGGUGUUGCUACUUCUCUCCUGUUUUCUUCGUUUGAAUCAUGGCUCGUUGCUGAACACAACAAGAGAGGGUUUGAGCAACAAUGGCUGUCUUUAACUUUCUCCAAGGCGAUAUUCCUGGGGAACGGUCUGGUUGCAAUCAUCUCAGGGCUGUUUGGUAACUUUCUAGUGGACAGUGUAAGUCUAGGGCCUGUAGCACCCUUUGAUGCUGCAGCAUGCUUUCUUGCAAUCGGGAUGGCCAUUAUAUUAUCCUCAUGGGGUGAGAACUAUGGAGAUCCUUCUGACAACAAAGACCUGCUUUCCCAGUUCAAGGCUGCUGCUGUAGCUAUUGCUUCAGAUGAGAAAAUUGCACUGCUAGGAGCUAUACAGUCUCUGUUUGAAGGGUCCAUGUACACGUUUGUAUUCCUGUGGACUCCUGCUUUGAGUCCAAAUGAUGAAGAGAUUCCACAUGGUUUUAUUUUUGCGACAUUCAUGUUGGCAUCCAUGUUAGGAAGCUCAUUUGCAGCUAGACUCAUGGCCCGUUCCUCACCUAGAGUCGAAAGCUACAUGCAGAUUGUCUUUUUGGUUUCUGCAGCAUCCCUUUUGCUUCCUAUACUCACAAACUUCUUCGUAAUAGCUCCUCCUCCUUCUGAGGUGAAAGGUGGAGGGAUCUCGUUGGGUUGCAGUAUUCAACUUCUUGGGUUUUGUGUCUUUGAGUCGUGCGUUGGAAUCUUUUGGCCGUCAAUCAUGAAAAUGAGGUCACAAUACAUUCCUGAGGAGGCCAGAAGCACUAUUAUGAACUUCUUUCGCAUACCCCUCAAUAUAUUCGUUUGCAUCGUGCUCUACAAUGUAAAUGCAUUCCCCAUUACGAUCAUGUUUGGAAUGUGCUCCAUCUUCCUUUUUGUGGCUUCUGUUUUGCAGAGGCGAUUACUGGUCAUAACCGAUAAGCCAAAGUCGGAAGAUUGGACAUCGUUGAAAGAGAGAGAUGUGGAGACUGAGCCAUUAAAUGAUGAUUAGCAUCAAAAUAGACAUAUACAAAUAUGAGAACACAUCCAACAAACACAUGUCAUUCCUGUGUUUUGAUAAGAUUAGUUUAUUCAAUCGGCACCAUCCAUGUCCACCUGGCUACACAAACACGUGGAACAAAGAGCUUAAAGUAGCCUGCCUGACUUGCAAGGACUCUCGGCGUCGAACCAACUUUUUUAUUAUUAUUUAUAUUAUUAUCAUGUAUAAUUUUACCGAUUAUUUUCCUACUUGUAUUAAGGUCUCAAAUAAAAACAUUUGUUUGAGACUGUAUUUUUGUCCAACAACUUGGUUUUUUUAGUGUGAUUUCAAGUGUGAACUAUAAUACAUACAA